AUGGCAGCACUUCUCAAACUAAAGAACCUUGGCUUCUGGAUAUUCAGAUAGCGACGAACCACUUCCAAAUAUUAUUCAAUGAGAUGUUGAAGGUUAUACAGCAAGGCAGCAGCGGUGGCCGCAGUAGUAGACUCUUCGGUCUCCUGAUCAGUCGCCGUGCGCUGUGCGGGUUCGAGUCCCGUCCCAGGAGAAAUUUUUCUCUUGGCUAUGGAUGUUGUGAUUGUCCGUAGGUGGUAGAUGGUCUCUGACUGUCGAACGCGGAGGUACCACCCGGCGGUUCUCGUAGGCAGAGCCAGAAUGUGUGCAUGUUGCAUGCACACGUGUUCCCUCGCCAUAGUCCGUGUGGCGUCCCC